CCUGGGCCCCUUCCACUGCCAUGAAGAUCGCCGUGAUCGGACAGAGCUUGUUUGGCCAGGAGGUUUACUGCCACCUGAGGAAGGAGGGCCACGAGGUGGUGGGCGUGUUCACCGUCCCGGACAAGGAUGGGAAGGCAGACCCCCUGGGCCUGGAGGCCGAGAAGGACGGGGUGCCGGUGUUCAAGUUCCCCCGGUGGCGGGCACGAGGACAGGCCCUGCCCGACGUGGUGGCCGAGUACCGGGCUGUGGGGGCCGAGCUGAACGUGCUGCCCUUCUGCAGCCAGUUCAUCCCCAUGGAGGUGAUCAACGCUCCCCGCCACGGCUCCAUCGUCUACCACCCGUCCCUGCUGCCCCGGCACAGAGGGGCGUCCGCCAUUAACUGGACCCUCAUUCACGGAGACAAGAGAGCGGGCUUCACCAUCUUCUGGGCUGAUGAGGGCCUGGAUACGGGGGACGUCCUACUCCAGAAGGAGUGUGAGGUGCUCCCCGACGACACCGUGAGCACCUUGUACAACCGCUUCCUCUUCCCCGAAGGCAUCAAGGGGAUGGUGCAGGCCGUGCGGCUGAUUGCCGAGGGCAGGGCCCCUCGACGCCCUCAGCCGGAGGAAGGAGCCACCUACGAAGGCAUCCAGAAGAAGGACACGGCGCAGAUCGACUGGGCCCAGCCGGCAGAGGCCAUUCACAACUGGAUCCGGGGGAACGACAAGGUGCCGGGCGCCUGGACGGAGGCCGGCGGGCAGAAGCUGACGUUUUUCAACUCCACGCUGCGUGUUCCCGGCGUGGUGCCGGAGGGAGAGGCCCUGCCCAUCCCCGGAGCCCGGCGGCCGGGCCUGGUCACGAAAGCGGGACUCAUUCUGUUCGGAAACGAUGACAGGAUGCUGCUGGUGAAGAAUCUGCAGCUGGAGGACGGCAGGAUGAUCCCCGCCUCGCACUUCUUCAAGGGGGCGGCCAGCAGCGCCCUGGAGCUGACGGAGGCGGAGCUGGCCACUGCGGAGGCUGUGCGGAGCGCUUGGCGGAGGAUCCUCUCCAACGUGCCGGAGAUCAAAGACACCACGGAUUUCUUCAAGUCGGGGGCUGCGUCGGUGGAUGUCGUGAGACUGGUGGAGGAAGUGAAGGAGCUGUGCGACGGCCUGGAGUUGGAAAACGAAGAUGUGUACAUGGCCACCACCUUCGGGGCCUUCGUCCAGCUCCUGGUCCGGAAGCUGCGGGGCGAGGACGAGGACGGCGAGUGUGUCAUCGACUGCGUAGAGCGGGCCGUGAACAAGCGGACCCUGCGGAUGCCCCACCAGCUCUUCAUCGGGGGCGCGUUUGUGGACGCCGAGGGUAGCCAGACCUACGACACCAUCAACCCCACGGACGGCAGUGUCAUCUGCCAGGUGUCCCUGGCCCAAGUCAGUGAUGUUGACAAAGCAGUGGCUGCGGCGAAGGAGGCCUUUGAGAACGGACUGUGGGGAAAGAUCAACGCCAGGGACCGGGGCCGGCUCCUGUACAGGCUGGCGGACCUCAUGGAGCAGCACCAGGAGGAGCUGGCCACCAUCGAGGCCCUGGACGCCGGCGCCGUCUACACGCUGGCCCUCAAGACCCACGUGGGCAUGUCCAUCCAGACCUUCCGCUACUUCGCCGGCUGGUGCGACAAGAUCCAGGGCUCCACCAUCCCCAUAAACCAGGCCAGACCCAACCGCAACCUGACUCUGACCAGGAAGGAGCCCAUUGGGGUCUGCGGCAUCGUCAUCCCCUGGAACUACCCGCUCAUGAUGCUGUCCUGGAAGACAGCCGCCUGCCUGGCGGCCGGGAACACCGUGGUGAUCAAGCCAGCCCAGGUGACCCCACUCACAGCCUUGAAGUUUGCGGAGCUGACGCUGAAGGCGGGCAUCCCUAAGGGCGUGAUCAACGUCCUUCCUGGAUCUGGCUCCCUGGUUGGCCAGAGACUCUCAGAUCACCCCGAUGUGAGGAAAAUCGGGUUCACGGGCUCCACCGAGGUGGGAAAGCACAUCAUGAAAAGCUGCGCCCUCAGCAACGUGAAGAAGGUGUCCCUGGAGCUGGGCGGGAAGUCGCCCCUCAUCAUCUUCGCGGACUGUGACCUGGGCAAGGCGGUGCAGAUGGGGAUGAGCUCCGUGUUCUUCAACAAAGGGGAGAACUGCAUCGCGGCGGGGCGGCUCUUCGUGGAGGACUCCAUCCACGACGCGUUCGUGCGGAAGGUGGUGGAGGAGGUCGGGAAGAUGAAGAUCGGCAACCCCCUGGACAGGGACACCGACCACGGGCCGCAGAACCACCAGGCCCACCUGCGGAAGCUGCAGGAGUACUGCCGGCGCGGCGUGGAGGACGGGGCCACGCUGGUCUGCGGAGGGAGACAGGUCCCUCGCCCGGGCUUCUUCUUUGAGCCCACGGUGUUCACGGGCGUGGAGGACCACAUGUUCAUCGCCAGGGAGGAGUCCUUCGGGCCCAUCAUGAUCGUCUCUCGGUUUGCUGACGGGGACGUGGACGCGGUGCUGUCCCGGGCCAAUGCCACGGAAUUCGGCCUGGCCUCCGGCGUCUUCACCCGGGACAUCAGCAAGGCCCUGUACGUCAGCGACAGGCUCCAGGCGGGCACCGUGUUCGUCAACACCUACAACAAGACCGACGUGGCGGCCCCCUUCGGAGGAUUCAAGCAGUCGGGAUUUGGCAAAGACCUAGGAGAGGCGGCCCUGAACGAGUACCUCCGCGUGAAGACGGUGACCGUGGAGUACUAACGCCAGGGCUCGGCGAGAGGAGAGGCCCUAGCCACGCUUCCUCUCCACGCCCGCGCACUCUCCU